UCGACUGGGAGAAGGGUCUUGGGCAUCGUCCGACCCUGCUUGUGAGGCUACUGCCUCUCCCCCUGCGUUUGUCCGAGGAGAAAAUCGGCCUGCGAGAAUCAGCCCGGGUCUCGCCGUUCCUUUAACGCUCCUUUUUCAUGCAAUCAUAGAAUGGUUUGGGUUAUAAAGGACCUUAAAGAUCAUCCGGUUCCCCUUGUGACUGGGUGAGGUCGCUCCUGUGAGAAUUGAUUACAUAGGAGAAACUCAUCAAUUUCAAAAUGUCAUCGGUCAAGCGCUUGGUUUAUGCAGUCAUCCAUUUCUUGAGAGAGCAGAGUCAGAUGGAUACUUUCACUCCAGAUGAACAAGAAAGCUUGGAAGUUGCAAUUCAGUGUCUGGAGACUGUGUUUAAGAUUAACUUGGAAGAUACUCAUCUUGCACCUCCGCAGCAUUUAAUAGAAAUGUUCACAGAUUCUUUUCACAAGAAUGACAUGCUGCCUCUCACGGAUUCCUUGCCAGAGGAUGUUGAAAAGGCUGACCAACUGAAGGAUGAAGGUAAUAAUCAUAUGAAAGAAGAAAACUAUGGUGCUGCAGUGGAUUGCUAUACUAGGGCUAUAAAACUGGAUCCAAACAACGCAGUCUAUUUCUGCAACAGAGCUGCUGCUCAAAGUAAGCUCAACAACUACAGUGAAGCAAUAAAGGACUGUGAGAGAGCCAUAGCAAUAGAUCCAAAGUACAGCAAAGCAUAUGGAAGAAUGGGGUUGGCUCUGACUUCAGUGAAUAAAUAUGAAGAAGCAGUUACCAGUUACCAAAAAGCACUGGAUCUUGAUCCAGAGAAUGACUCUUAUAAGUCAAAUUUGAAAAUAGCAGAACAGAAGCUAAGAGACAUGUCCAGUCCUACUGGAACUGGACUGAGUUUUGACAUGGCCAGCUUGAUAAACAAUCCUGCCUUCAUUAGUAUGGCUGCAAGCUUAAUGCAGAAUCCUCAAGUUCAACAAUUGAUGUCGGGGAUGAUGUCAAAUGCCAUUGGUGGCCCUGCUGCAGGUGUUGGUGGCCUGUCAGAUUUGUCCAGCCUGAUCCAUGCGGGGCAGCAGUUUGCACAACAGAUACAGCAGCAGAAUCCAGAGCUCAUAGAACAACUAAGAAAUCAUGUCCGGAGCAGAUCUUUCAGUGGCAGUACUGAAGAGCAUUCCUGACUUAAAGGAAGCAUUUGAAUUCGAAUAAUAUAUAACCCCAAAAUGCAUACCAUAGUUAAUAGCAAAAGUACCAUUGUAACUCUUCUGCUUGAAUAGAAGACAGAAAAUUCUUUGUGCGUGUUUGCAAAUAAGAAUAAAUUUGUUAAACAGAUCUUUUGCACAUAACUUGGAACAUAUCGUUUAUGUAUAGUAACUCCUCAGAAAAUCAAUACACUAAAUAGGUGGUUUAUUAAAAUCUCUAAGUAAAAGUUGUUUUCAAUACAUGCAUUAGAUUGAUCUCCAGGGCUGUUGAGUGGGGGGAGUUUUGUAGUGGGCUGAUCUUGUCUAACAGCCUAAUUGUAAAAUCCUAGUGUAAAAGGCACAUUAUUAUUAUUAUGGUGAAAAUCAUUAUGGUAGUACUCUGUCAAAUACUGAAACAACAGACCCAUUUGAUGUGCCCUUUUAUAAUGAGCAUUAAGUCAGUGCCGGACUAUAACAUGUACUUGGAACUAAUGCUUGAAAAGUCUGUUUCUUUAAGCCUGUGGAGGGUCUGUCAUUAGUAACAUGAAAUAAUUUUACACUUCGUUGUGCAGGAGGGAGGGAGAUGGUUGCAUAUGACAGAGUACCAGAAGAAAUGCACAGAAACCAAAAUGUAACUUGGCUUGGGAAAGGAAAGAGUAUUAAGAAGUUUUAGGCUUUUCUACUGCCAUGUACACCCUCAAAUCAUAAUGGUAGCCCUGGAGGUCAGCAUUCUGGCACUAUUUUCUAGGCAUGGCAAACUGUAUUACAUUCCAUAUGUAUGCAGUAUUUAACAUAAGCUUAAAAUUCUUAACUGUAAUAAGCUAAAACUGAUCCUGUGAUUGUACAUAUAACCACUACUGAAAAUUUAUCAAAAAAUAACUGCCUUAGAAAGAAUUAUUCUCUUUCUGUUCUUGUGUGAUACAUUACUGGCUUAAUUAACUCUUUUUUAAACAAGUUUCAUUACACAUUUCUCACUUCAAGUUAUGGUUUAUAUGGCUAAGUUAAAGUAUUAUACUCUAAUUUGGUUCCUGCCCUGGCUUUUCUUGCUCAGUUAAUCUCUUUGGUACAAGGAAUGCUUGUUUUCACUCCAGGGAGGUUCUCAACACUCAAUUUCCUCUUUGUAUAUCAAAACCAAUUUGAGGAGCCUGCUCUGAUAAGUAAGAGAAAGUGACCUCUGCUGGCCAGUUAGACCGGAGAAAGUAGGUGGAGGAAUAAGGGUAGACUCCCAAAUGGAGAAAUACACAGGAAGUCCUGGAUCUCAGAUAUUGUAUCCGAUUCAUUGUGUAGUCAAAAAAGAGCACUUUACGUAAAAGCAAGUGCAAAAUUCGGGGCUAAGUCAUGAACUUAAUUAACAAAUGCUACUUGUGCAUCUAUUGUAUGAUUCUUCCCCUACUAAAAAGGGAGGAAAAAUGCAGCUGGAUCCAAGCAGAAAUGCAAAGAACUGGAGAAAACACAACAGUAGGAAAUCCAUAUUACCAUCUUUUGAAUAAUGAGGUAAAGCUUAAUAGAGCAACUUAAACAACUUUAAGACAUUCCACGGUUUAUUCAAUAGAGCUUCCCCACACACAGCAUUAAGAUACCUUUUAAAAUUCUCUAUGUAAGUAGCUGUAGCUGCCUUUCUGAGGUUGUAGAAAUACUUGGGCUUAACAUUAAAUACAUUUUCCAUUCAGAUCCUGAAUCUAAUCCAUUCAAUGAAACUGCUACUUCAGUUCUGUUACAUCUAAUAACACAGGAUAUCAUUUACAAGAAAGAUAGAGGCUGGAGGAGGGCUACAACUGCUGUACAAACAUUGCUUGGAGGAGUGUGUUGUGUCAGGAGAGAAACAUUGCUUCUAGUAUACCUUUUGUUAAACAUCAUAGUUCGUCUUGGCAUUCUCUGCUCAAGGUGAGUUUUACUGUGAUAAGGGGAACCAGUAAAUCCAGAAUAGACUGGAGAGUGCUGCACUAGGAGUCACAUUCAAUUUAUCCUUACUUUGUGACAGCAAUAUUUAUGGAGUCAGUUACCUUUGUACUUAAAGACUAGCGUCAGGAACCUCUUGUUCUUCAAGAGUCAUAGAAUAUGACAGUAUUUAAUACUGGCUGUAAAAGUUCUAUCAUUGAGUACAAGUCCUUACUGGAUUUACAGGAAAACUAUCUUCAUGGUUAAAUGGAAUGAAGCAUUGGUUAGUUAUCUGACAAUUACUCUUGAAAUGAUCUUUAUAGAGCAGUAACUUUCAUUUCACGUACCACAAUAUUGUCACAUUAAGCUUUUUACUCCAGCACAUAUAAUCUGUAACCAAAGUAUUGAAUCUUUGAUGGCAUUAUCUAACCCUUUAGAAAUGUGCUACAACUGGCACAAUACUUAACUUGUAAACAUUCUUUGUUUCUUGUGUAUUAACAAAAAGGGCUUUAUAGCCCAAGGGAAAAACAGUGAAACCAAUAACAGGAGCCGUCAUACAUGCUUUUCCAUUGAAGCCAGGAACAGAGGGAUCACAUUUAUGCUAUAAUGUAUUUUGCCUUGAAGAGGAUAGAUUGUUUCAGAGAGUCAUGCAAUAUGUCUUAAUCACAGGGUGAGGAAGGAAUCUUUUCCUGUGUAAUAACUGCACUUUAUUUUGCACUAAAAUUUUUCAUCCUGCUAGCUUAAAUAGUAAACCACAGUCCUCAUAAAUGCUGCUUUAACUUAAGGUCAAUUACAGUUACCAUUCAACUGAACAAAUAUGCAUUUAACACAGAAUUGGUUUUGUAUCAUUACUGUUCCAUCAGCAUAUAAGUGUGCUAACUGUUGGCGAAUAAGAUGUUUUGCACUUAAAUUGUAAAAUCCUGUAACCUGCUUGCAUGGAAAUAUAUUCUUCUAACUAUGCCUGACCAUAAAAACACCUGAGGAAAUAUUCAGGUUAGGAAUUGUUUUAGUUGCACUUUUGGUUUUGUAACAAGUAGAAAGUAAAAUCAUUCAUCUAUACUGCGAAAGAACUAAGUCUGCAGCUUUGGAUUCAUAUUAUGUUUCAGGGCUACAGAAAGUCCUACUGGCAAAAUGCAACUCGUCCACCAUUUCUGUAUCUCUCCUACCUCUUAUUACCAUAUGGUUACAUCUCUUUCAACUGCUGUCAGUUUAACUUGAAAACAGAUUAUAAAAAUAAAGUUAUUUACAUUUUUUGUGUGGAUGGUUGUGGUUUUACUGUUUUAGUUUGUUGAUGUAUCUAAACUCAGAAGUAAAUUGCAUUCUUUAAUACCUGUUUAUGGUGGUUGCUCUGCAUUUUAUAAGAUGUGCGAGAUGUAUUUUUUAUUUCUUUUUUUCCCCCAUACGGACUCAUUCCCACAACUUAGUAAAUAGGUCCUAAAUGUUAAAAUUGAAUUCUAUACUUAAAGGAUUUUAUACACAGGAAAGUCUUAAGUAGAAUACUGUCAAAACUAACUAAGGUUUCUAAGUGCCAGUAUGGUAGCUGAGAAAUAUGACAAGCCACUAAGUGGAACCUUUAACACUACUGUAACUAGUCUUUAACGGGGAAAGCCAGUCACCAUUAUCUGUAUGGUCUAAACAAAGCUAGGGAAAAGUACAUUUCUGUACUUGGUCAAGUCCUGAUUUCCUUCCCACAUAUGCUUUGGAGAACUUGAUCAAGGGCUUCUAUGCACAGUUUCGUUUCUCAUUUUACUGAACACCUACUAAAAUGCCUCUGGCAGGGGAACAUGCCUAAAAUGCCACUGCUCAGUUUAACACUAACAAAUGCCCCAGUUCUGCUAUUUCAGUAACAGACCUGUCACAGCAUGCCUUGUGUUGCACAGACACAACUCCACAGAAGGCUGCAGCUACUGGGGACACAUCUGCUGUAUUUUACUCCUUUUCGAGGGCUGAGCCACAAACAGCACUUUCUCUGGCCUAUUCUCUCUGCUUUCUAGCUUCUAGCAGCACCUCAGCAAUGCCAGCUGCAGCCGCUCACCUCACGCCUUUAUCGGACUCUACUUCUUACAGCUAUGCGUGUACCAUGUAAAUACACUGCCAUGCCAGGUAACCCAAAACAUUUCUUUGAGGGGGCUGGAUUCCAGGAACUUGUCUGGAAAAGGCCAGUUCCUUCCAAGUG